AUGAUCCUGAUCAGCUUCUGGGCUUUCCCACCGGUCGAGCUUCCUGGCAUGGCGCCGAGCGAACCCCAGAUUUCCAGCGGCCCCACCACCCAAGUGCCGCCAUCCAGCCAUCCAGCCAGGGCCCGAGCUUGGCAACAGCUCCAGCCCAAACCAACGCACCUGAUCCUGGACAACAAAGCGGCUAUCUUGCAGAAUCACAUAUGGCAACUUGUCGGGCCUAAUCUGCGUGUCCAUGUCGAUAUGACCGCGCAGCUUGUAGACCCGCCUAGCUACGGAUCCGGCAGACCCGGAACCGUAUGGGUUGAUGGCCGUAUGAUCCUAGAGGCGUCCUCGGCGCUAUUCUAA